AGUCUUCUUAAUUUCCAUAACAAGUUAAAUAAUAAUAAUGAACAAAAAAGUAAUGUUUAGUAAUAUUUAACCAAAAAACUCAGCACGGCGGACGCAUAGUGCCAUCAGGGUGCCAUAGUUCUGUUUGCUUUGCAGCCAACGCACCAAAGUCCAGUGCUCACGUAGUGGUAGUAUCUCGUGUAAGCGUAGUAACACAUUAGUCACUCCACAGACCGGUCACUGUACGGCUGCAUCCGUCACUAGCGUCUUAUCAGUGCCUUCAGUGUGUUCGCAAGACAGCUACAUCACAACCGCGUAAUAACAGCAGGUACUUCGAGACUCAGGCUGUCUGUGAUGUGUUUACUUUUCACGCCACAGCUGCCUGAAUACAGUCACGCGUACCGAACGGCGAAGCAUAUGCUAACUGAAGAGUGUAUACGCCGUUUUGCGAGAUGCAUUAAGGCCGCAGAGUGUUAGCGCAAGAGAGCGACCGACGAACGCGCGUUUCGUGAGUUCGCGCCUAGUGAGCUUGCAUGAGGAAUUGCGAAAGCAGCGCUACUCACGCUCAUCACAACGAUCCUAGUUUCACCGGUUAUAGCCCGUACCGGAUCGAUUCCGCUGUUCAGUUUCGUUCGACAACAUCGGCUAGCUGGCAGGCACCAACCAUACUGGCACCGGGUCUCGAUAAAACCAACGUGUCUGUUCGCCAUUUGUUUUUUUUUUGUGCUUGUGUGGGGCGCGUGCACGUGUGUACUCUCUCUCUCGCUCUCUUUGCGUUGUGCGUAAAAGCGUGAAAAUUUUAAAGACAAAUAAAAAAACACACCACCCGCGACGUUGUACGUGAUACGAAAAACAAUAUCGGUUACUGUUUGUUAUCUUGCACUAUCUGGAAGGAGUGCGCGUGCAUCUUCGAUUGUGUCCAGCAGCAGCCAACGGUGUCAUCUGUACCUUCCGUCCAACCCACCGGCACAAAAACCAAUCAAGCAUCAAGGAUGAGGAAUAAGCAUUACAAAAACUUUGCCCUUCUAGUGGCGUUUUGUUCGUGUUACAGUCUACUAGCUCCAGUACAGUCUCAACAUGUCGAAACCGUGCCCUCGUCACCAUCGUACCACUCACUGUAUGAUCGUAACGUUGAUCUACUGUGCAAGUCGGACAAACCUAUUGACGGGUGUCAAAUUCGGCUUCCCGGUCCGUUUGCCGACACUAUCGAUAUCUUACCCAGUGGUGGCAGCUUACCCAGUGGCGUCAAACGUAUCGGAGACGGUUCCCGCGGUGAGUGCGGCGUACGGUUGUCUACGGUUACUAGCGAUCGGUUCGGUAAAUUUGUCUGCAUACUCACGAUCGCUGGUGAACAAUAUGAGGAAGCGAUCGAGGUACGGCAAUACGUUACACCACGUCCAACGGAUCUAAAGAUCUCCAAGUACACGGAUCUCGUCGACGGUGGUAUACGGGCGAACCAGAUGCUGAAGGCGAGAUGCAACUCAAAGUUCGGUUUACCGGUGUCCAACCUAACCUGGUACCUGAACGGCAAACCGGUCGACGCGAGUCUACUCAAACCGGCCCAAAUCACUAGCGAAGUGCAGGAUCAGAAAAAUCUACAAUCUAUCCAGCAGGAAGUGAACCUGUACGUUACACCGAAAGAGAAUGGCAUGGUGCUAGAGUGUGUGGUCAAUCAUCCGACAUUCAAAACCGAGCAACGGUCAUCCUUUCCACUAAACGUAAAAUUCGCACCGGAAGAGAUACCACACAUCCACAUCGAUGAGCUGCCGGCAAGCGGAAGUGCAACGGUCAACAUUACCAUCCGUGCCAACCCGCAACCCAUCACCCGAUGGACGGUCAAUGGGCGGCUGAUAAAGGAGGGCGAAUCGAUGGACAUCUACCAGGCGUACAUUCCUCGUCCAACAUCGGCUAACGGCGAGUACAGGGUGUUGCUGAAAAACAACGAUUGUUCGAAGGAGCGAGCGACGCUGUACACGCUCGAGGCAACGAACAUGCUCGGUACGCAGACGUACAUCAUCAAGGCGGUGCGGGUGGACGAUGUGGGUACGGUCGAGAACCGGAACGAUGACUACAACUACCACGAUGACAGCAACGGAUCUACCUUCUGGCUGAUAAGCGUCUGGACCUUCUUCUGCUCCGUGAUGGCUACACGUCUGUUGUGAAUUCCACAUUGCUCCCAAUAGUCCUAGUCGAGUAGCAUUGGUUCGAUCGUUCGGAUCCGAAGCUUUUUGGGGUGGCUGUGCGUGGCCCGUUUGAGAAUAUUUCCCACCAGGAUGGGUUUGCUUGGUGAAGGGGCCUUUGUACAGUAGGCUACGGUACGGUGUUAUGGGUAAAAUCGGAGAUCCUGUACGGAAAUAUUCUCAUCGGCCAGGUGUACCAGCCCCCUGACCGCUGAACCAGAACCCGUGCGUACGAUUCGUACUUGUCGAUUUGUAAAAUAUGCAAAAACCCCGAACCGAUAGUUCCUUCAGCAAAAGUAUUUUUUUGUGUGUGUGAUGUGUGCAUAAGAUUCAUCGCCACUAUAAAGCAAACUAUCUAUAUAUGAUCCGUGCCGAGUGGUUUACCAAAAUUCUUUUCAACGAUUCUCUUAUGAUUUUAACUAGAAUAAGUGCCACAGGGCAAUGGAAAGCGCUAAGCCAAAAUGAACUGUUCCAGAACUGGAUGUGUAUGUGUGCGUGUGUGUGUGCGCGUAUGUGUGACAAAGUGACCUAACGAGUGAUGGGAAACCUCACCAACCAAGCGAGCGUGAUUAUUGAAUGGAGACGCAUUUAAGACGACCGGUGUAAAGCAUUUCAAUACGGCAGCAGAGCGCAAAGCUAGAUGUGUCAAAAUGGAAACAUUAUUUAUUUCACUACUCACUAGGCAAAAACAAAUGCUUUAAUGAAUCUAAUAAAUUGAUCACAAUGUACAAUGGUGACGCAGGGCAACCAGAACAGUAUCAACGGAAA